AUGUCUUCAACCACCACCACCGAAGUCAUCCCAACCACCAUCGAGACAGUCGAUACCACGCCCAAUCCCUUCAAGUCCAACAUCGGUGUCUUCACAAACCCCAAACAUGACCUCUGGAUCGCCGAAGCUACCCCCACCACAGAACAAGUCCAGGCCGGACACGACCUGAAGGAGGGAGAGGUCUACGUUGGUGUCAAGUCCACAGGCAUUUGUGGCUCUGAUGUUCACUUCUGGCACGCAGGAUGUAUAGGUCCUAUGAUAGUUACCGACGACCACAUUCUGGGACAUGAAUCCUCUGGUGUCGUGCUGUCUAUCCACCCUUCCGUCACCUCUCUAAAGGUGGGCGAUCGCGUCGCGAUCGAACCUAACAUUCCCUGCUUCAAGUGCGAGCCUUGUUUGACCGGAAGAUACAAUGGCUGCGAGAGUGUCGAGUUCCUCAGCACUCCUCCCAUCGAUGGUCUAUUGAGAAGAUAUGUCAAACACCCUGCGACCUGGUGCCACAAGAUUGGAGACAUGAGUUUUGAGGAUGGAAGUCUACUAGAACCCCUCUCUGUUGCACUGGCUGGCAUUGAGCGCGCUGGACUUAAACUCGGAGACCCCACCCUCAUCGCCGGUGCCGGUCCUAUUGGUCUGGUCUCUUUGCUGUGCACAGCAGCAGCCGGCGCAACUCCCAUUGUCAUCACAGACAUCGACCAAGGGCGACUCAAUUUCGCCCAGUCUCUAGUGCCUCGCGCCAAGACAUUCCUAGUACCAAUGGGAAAGUCUGCAGAGGAAACUGCAGACGGAAUCAUUGAAUCAUUCGGUGGGAUCCGACCUCGCCUGGCUCUUGAAUGCACCGGUGUUGAAUCCAGCGUGGCUAGUGCUAUCUGGAGCGUGAAGUUCGGCGGUAAAGUCUUCAUCAUUGGUGUGGGAAAGAACGAAAUGAAAAUCCCGUUCAUGCGACUCAGUACACAGGAGAUUGACUUGCAGUAUCAAUACAGGUAUUGCAACACCUGGCCCAAGGCCAUUCGACUGGUGGAAAGUGGAGUGAUCAACCUUGACAAAUUGGUUACUCAUCGUUAUAACCUGAGCGAUGCCGUGGAGGCAUUUAAGACGGCUAGCGACCCAAAGAGUGGUGCUAUUAAGGUCCAGAUCAAGAACGAUGACAGUUUAUAG